AUGUCAGAUUCUAAACCCAAUAACGCCAGCCAGGUAGAUUUGGGUAACCUCGAGAUGGGGUUUCAGUCUGCUGGAAUGGAUGCAAAAAUGUCCACUACUUUGAGUCGUUUUGAGCACGAUUAUGGAGGCGCCGAUACCCCUUUUAGUGGCUCCAAAAGUUCACAUUUUCACGCUUCGAGGAAAACGGGUCACACGUCAAGAGUCGAAGACCUCGGAACAUGUAAUGUUCUAUCGCUGAUGCACAAAAGUGAUGGUAAUGUGGCGUGGAAUUCUCAGCCUCACCGUCCAGUGACCAUUGAAGAAAUUGAAGGAGUUUUCUUCAAAUUGACGAAAACUUUUCGGUUCCAAAAGGAUAACUGCCGCAACAUGCUAGACUUCUAUUUAAAGCUUUUAGACUCUAGGGCGUCCAGAAUGGACUGCGACAAGGCGCUUCGCACCCUACAUGCUGAUUACAUUGGAGGACCAAAGGCCAACUUUCGUAAAUGGUACUUCGCCACGGAAAUGUAUAACGACCCUGAAUCUGCUACGGGACGAAAGAUCUCCCAAAAAGCCGCUUUGACUUCAUGGAGCUCGACUAUGGCUACUCUACCUGCAAUUGAUUGCGUGAUCCAAGUGGCUUUGUACCUUCUUUGCUGGGGCGAAGCGAACAUCGUCAGACUCAUGCCCGAAUGCCUCUGCUUCAUUUUCAAGUGCUGUAAUGACUUCUACUACUCUUUAGAGCUGGAAACCGCUAUAAUCGAAGAGGACUUCCUUGUUCACGUUAUAACACCUAUUUAUGAAAUUUACUUCGACCAGUCAGUGGUAAGAAAAGGCACCAUCAUUUACAACAGCGAUAGGGAUCACAAAGAUAAGAUUGGCUACGAUGAUAUGAACCAAUUGUUUUGGUACAGAAGUGGCCUCGACCGUAUCACCAUACCAAAGAAGACCAAGCUUAUGAAAUUGACCCCACAGGAGCGGUAUCUUCGCUUUAACGAGAUCAUCUGGAAAAAGGCAUUCUACAAGAUAUUUCUGGAACGUCGUUCGUGGGGUCAUGCCUGGGCUAACUUUACCAGAAUUUGGAUUAUCCACCUUACCGUGUUUUGGUAUUACACCACUUUCAACAGCCCAACCUUGUACGUACACAAUUAUCAGCAAAGUCUCGAUAACCAGCCCACGACUCAAGCAAGAUUGGCUGUUAUGUCUUUGGCUGGUAGCUUGGCGCCCUUGAUUUGCCUUACGGCUUCUGCCAUAGAACUUCAAAUGGUUUCCUGGAAAUGGCCCGGAACGUACAAGAUUUUGAUACGCAUGAUAAUGCUAGUUGUGAUGCUCUGUUGCAACCUAUUCCCUACCUUGUUUGUUUUGUACUAUUACCCGUUGAACAUACAAACGACCAAAGGGUUGGCUAUUUCGAUUGCCCAGUUUCUAGUAUCUGUCUUCACAUCCUUAUAUCUUUCAUUUGUUCCAUCGUCAAAACUUUUUUGGCUUUCUAAUAACCAAAGCCGAGAGACGAUCACAGGAAACUACCACAAUCUAGAAGGAAAUAACCAAUUGGCAUCCUACGGAAUAUGGAUUGCAAUAUUUGGGUCGAAAUUCAUUGAGUCUUAUUUCUAUAUUGCGCUAACCACUAAAGACCCCGUGCGGGUGCUUAGCACUAUGGCUCCUACUAUAUGCGCCGGGGAUAGUAUUCUUGGAACGGUGUUAUGUCAACAUCACUCCAAGCUUCUUUUGGCCAUAGUUUACUCAGUUGACUUGGUACUCUUCUUCAUUGAUACCUAUUUGUGGUAUAUUAUUUGGAAUUGUGUAUUCUCCAUCUGUCGGUCAUUUCAAGUUGGUGUGUCCAUAUGGACGCCUUGGAAGAACAUCUUUUCUCGGCUUCCUAGACGCAUUCAGUCCAACAUAUUGUCAACUUCGAACUUAGGAAAGGAUUUGAACAAACAUGCAGUGUCACAAAUAUGGAACUCGAUUAUCAUUGCAAUGUACCGAGAACACUUGAUAUCGAUCGAACAGGUUCGAGCCUUGAUUUACAAGUCGUAUCCCGAUGCUCCAAAUGAAAUGAGAACCCCACAGUUUUUUGACUCACAGGAAGAUGGUUCGUCUCAAGCUUUUAUGUUCGAUGGACAUUCGGAAGCAGAACGAAGAAUUACGUUCUUUGCACAGUCGUUGUCCACGCCGAUGCGCCCUGCUAACAACGUUGAAUCAACUCCGUCCUUUUGUUGCCUUGUUCCUCAUUUCGAGGAGAAAACUAUAUUGUCACUCAAAGAGAUCAUCAAAGAGCUGGAUAUGUACUCCCACGUAACAAUGCUAGAAUACCUCAAGCUGUUACACCCACGUGAAUGGGAAUCCUUUGUGUGUGAUACUAAAAUGCUAGCCGAAGAAUAUGACUCGGAGUCUUCGGAGAAUUCAGUGGAUAAAAUGGAGAGAGACCUUCCAUACGAUUCCGUUGGGUUCAAAAUUGCUUCACCAGAAUACAUUCUUCGUACCCGAAUUUGGGCUUCACUCAGAACCCAAACGUUAUACCGUACAAUAAGCGGCUUCAUGAAUUAUUCAAGGGCAAUUAAGUUAUUGUUCGACUUGGAAAAUGACGACAGCCAAUAUGCUGAUGAGUAUCUGAAGAUUGAAGCUGCGUGUGCCAUGGCUCUACGCAAGUUUCGAUUAGUAGUAUCGAUGCAAAAGUUGCAAACGUUCAACAAGGAAGAAAGGGAUAACAAAGAACUUCUUCUCAGGAUCUACCCAGAAUUGCAAAUAGCUUAUCUCGAAGAGAGUAUUGAUCCAGAAGAUGGCAAGAUAACAUACUUUUCAGCACUAAUUGAUGGAGCAUGCCCAAUCUUAGCCAAUGGUGAGCGCAAGCCAAGGUUCAAGAUUAGACUACCAGGAAAUCCUAUUCUUGGCGACGGAAAGUCCGACAACCAAAACCAUGCAAUUAUUUUUACCAGAGGAGAGUACAUCCAGUUAGUGGAUGCGAAUCAGGACAACUAUAUUGAGGAAUGCUUGAAAAUAAGAAGCGUAUUGGCCGAAUUUGAGGAGAUGUCACCGCCAAAUGACAUCUUCGAUUUUCAGAAUGAUGUAUAUCCUGUCGCAAUCAUUGGAACCAGAGAGUACAUCUUCUCCGAAAAUAUUGGAAUUCUUGGAGAUAUAGCCGCCGGGAAAGAACAAACGUUCGGAACCUUAUUCGCUCGAACUCUUGCCCAAAUCGAAGGAAAGCUUCAUUACGGACACCCCGACUUUCUCAAUAGUAUUUUCAUGACGACAAGAGGUGGAGUUUCAAAAGCACAGCGCGGUCUUCAUCUUAAUGAGGAUAUCUAUGCUGGAAUCAACGCAAUUGCACGCGGGGGAAGAAUCAAGCAUUGCGAGUAUAUGCAAUGUGGAAAAGGUAGAGACUUGGGUUUCAGUUCUAUUCUCAGUUUCACCACAAAAAUUGGCACGGGAAUGGCAGAGCAAAUGCUUUCCAGAGAGUACUUCUACUUGGGAGGUACUUUACCGCUUGAUAGAUUCCUAUCGUUUUACUAUGCCCAUCCUGGGUUCCAUUUGAACAAUGUGUUCAUUAUGCUCUCCAUUCUGCUCUUCACAACAUUUGCAGCCAGUCUUGCGGCAUACUCUAGACAGGUAAAGUUUUGCGAUUACGAUCCAAAUCGACCUAUUACCGACCCACUUGUUCCUCGUGGAUGCAAGAACCUUCAACCUGUUGUACGGUGGAUAGAAAGUAAGGUUUGGUCAAUCAUUCUCAUGAGCUUUGUUGCAUUUAUUCCUCUCGCAGUACAGGAAUUAACUGAGAGAGGAUUUGUCAAAGCUGUCAAGCGCAUCAGCAAGCACAUAGCGUCAUUUUCACCAUUAUUUGAAGUGUUUGUCAAUCAAACGUACGCUAGUUCUUUGGUUGGUGAUAUCUCAUAUGGUGGAGCCAGAUACAUGUCGACAGGCCGUGGAUUUGCAACGACAAGAGCACCCUUUGCGAGUCUAUACGCAAGAUAUGCGCUGACAAGCUUUUACUUUGGAACGACCCUAAUCUUGUUGGUUUUGUACAGCACGUUCACAAUGUGGACCCCCAUUAUAACCUACUUCUGGUUCAUUGCAAUUGCUUUACUCAUAUGUCCGUCUUUGUACAACCCACAUCAGUUUGCGUGGAUAGAGUUCUACAUCGAUUACCAGAAGUACCUUGGCUGGAUGUUCAACUGUAAUGGGGGUGAUUCUGAGCAUUCGUGGUAUUGGUUCACCAAAGAAAGUCGAAGCAGAAUAACUGGCGUUAAAAGAAAUGUGCGAGGAGAACUGGCAAGAGACAAGGCUAGAGUAAGACCGUCGAAGAAAAACCUUUUCAUGACGAAAAUUCUUUUCGACUUGAUGCAAUUGUUCUUGAUUGGCACGUCCUAUCUCUCUGCGAAUGCUCAAUUUGAGAUCAGAGGAGCACAACCAUCUCAUGCAUUCUUGAGGUUGGCAGUUUUCAGUGUUCUUCCCAUAGCUGCCAAUUUUGCCAUUUUGGUUGCACUUCUCCCUGUUACUUUGAUUUUUGGUCCUCUCUUCACUGCAAUUAUUCCACUGUAUACCACGAUUAUUUCAGGAUUAGCUCACAUUAUUAGCAUAUUGGUAUAUGUGGUUUGUUUUGAAGCUUUCUGGUUUGCACAAAAUUGGGAUGGUCCAUCGACUCUCAUUGGAGUGAUUUGCAUGUCACAGGUCCAGAAGGUGCUCUUCAGGAUAAUCUCCUCGUUGUUGAGCAAAGAAUUACCACAUGGACGUGUGAAUAAAGCGUGGUGGUCAGGAAAGUGGAUCAACGCUAAGUUAGGAUUAUUGAUUGUCACGCAGCCAUUCAGAGAAUUAAUCAUCAAAACAAUGGAAAGCUGCUAUUUCGUGGCCGACAUAAUUUUAGGUCACGGUAUCCUCUAUGCCCAAUUGCCAAUCUUAAUGAUCCCAUUCAUUGAUGUGUGGCAUACCUUUAUGCUAUUCUGGUUGAAACCAAGUGAUCAGUUGAGACCCCGUCUUCUCUCUAAAGCCCAGAGAAACUGGAGAAAGUUUCAUAUCAAACUGCUGAUUGUUCUCUUUGGAAUGAGUGCUUUAUUCUUUGCAGCCAUUUUCUCAGUACCUUCUGUGGUGGGCUACCUAGAGUUGGACUUGGAGGAAUGGGUCCCAGAAUUUUUAGAGCCUCUUCUCCAACCAUAUCAAGCUAUAGACAGUCGGAAAGGGCUACGGAAGGGUUAUACAACUAGGCAUUACUGA